UAUGUAGUGAAAGUGGAGCAAACAGUGAUUUCAACCAACAAAGCAUAGGAAGACGAAAACAAAUCGUUGAAUCUUAUGGAAUCGCCGUUCAAAGCAGGAAUUCUGAAAGGGAAGGUGGCUCUGAUAACAGGAGGAGCCUCUGGAAUCGGCUUCGAAAUUUCGACGCAAUUCGGCAAACAUGGAGCCUCCGUCGCGCUCAUGGGUCGCCGCAAGCAAGUUCUUCACUCCGCUGUCUCCGUUCUCCAAUCCCUCGCCAUUCCCGCGGUUGGGUUUGAGGGGGACGUACGGAAGCAAGAGGAUGCAGAGAGGGUGGUGGAAUCAACGUUUAAGCAUUUUGGAAGGAUUGAUAUACUUGUGAAUGCUGCGGCUGGGAACUUCCUUGUGUCGGCAGAGGAUCUCUCCCCCAAUGGCUUUCGAACAGUUUUGGACAUUGAUUCUGUUGGAACAUUCACAAUGUGCCGUGAAGCACUAAAAUAUCUCAAGAAAGGGGGAGAAGGAAGGAGCAGCUCUUCUGGUGGGGGAUCAAUAAUAAACAUCAGUGCCACCUUGCAUUACACAGCUUCUUGGUACCAAAUUCACGUGUCUGCUGCAAAGGCAGCUGUUGAUGCCACUACAAGAAACUUGGCACUAGAAUGGGGAACAGACUAUGACAUUAGAGUCAAUGGAAUUGCUCCAGGUCCAAUAAGUGACACUCCUGGCAUGAGUAAACUAGCUCCCGACGAAAUAAGUAGCAAAGCCAGAGUUUACAUGCCACUGUAUAAACUUGGGGAGAAAUGGGAUAUAGCCAUGACUGCACUUUUCCUAGCAUCAGAUGCAGGAAAAUUCAUCAAUGGCGACACUGUGAUAGUUGACGGAGGACUUUGGCUGAGCCGGCCUCGUCAUUUAGCGAAAGAAGCUGUGAAGCAAGUAUCUCGAUCAGUAGAAAAGAGAUCAAGAAAUGCACCCGUUGGUGUUCCAAAAAGCAAGCUCUGAACCACCACAUUCUGGUUUUAGCUCCUUUACACACCGGGAAUCGAUUUAUCAUUUGUAGAAUAUUAUGAAAAUGCAACUUUUGAUGUGUUACUUAUAAAUUGUUAAACAGCUGAAUUUUCUCAAAUUGCAGUACUCAAAAUAAAAUCAAGUUGUGAUUCCCUUCAUUAUAUA